GUUGAUUGGGUCACUUUUCCUCUCAUUAUUGCUAAAACUAUGUAUUUGUUUUCCCUAAUGAUCUUUGACCUUAAAUAACCUGAUCAGGUAAAACUCCCCUGUGAUUCAUUGUCACUAACAGCUGUUUCUCCACUAAUAAAACUGGAUUAUCACAUUUUGUAAAGACACCUUUGCACAACAUUGGUAUGAAAACAUUACAAGUGCUCACAGUAGCUGUGUCAUGUCAGGAGAAUAGAAACUGAAAGUUAUGAAGGCAGAAAAGGAAAAGGAAUGUGAAGUAAAGGGGGCGGUGUUGAUCAGCUGAGGCAGACUGUAUAUAAACUGUGGGGAGCUGAAACCUCUGACACAUCCGCUCCUAACAAUCAUCUGUUCGUUUGUCACCUUUGUCGAGACUUUUCAAGAAGUUUUCCUGAAGAUUUUACAAACGAGAUCACAAGGCCACUUUCAUGAUGGAUAUCACCAUUAAAAUGCUGGAUGGGAGGUUCCACACCCUGACGGUGAACCCACAGGACACAGUGAGCUCUCUGAAAAGACUCAUCCACGAGAAACUUGGAGUUUCCCCUCAGAGGCAGAAGCUGGUCUUUGUGAACGGCCAGAAGACUCAACUCAACGACGACUCAAAGCCUCUCUGCUACUACAAUCUACAGUCUGGAUCCAUGGUGUCUCUGCUGGUCACCCAGCAGCCGGAGACCAUCCAGGUGUUCCUCAGCAACCUACAGGGUAAGAAGAGCACCUAUGAUGUCAGACCCAAUGAGACUGUGAGGAACUUCAAGACCAAGGUCCAGCAAAGAGAGGGGGUUCCGGCGGACCAGCAGAGGCUCCUUUACCAAAGCAGACAGCUGGAGGAUGGUAAACUACUCUCAGACUACAACAUCAAGGCUCUUGACACCAUCAACAUGACCGGGCGUCUAAGAGGAGGCUGAGGACGUUUCUGGUUCAUAUAUCAGAGACUUCAUACAAUGUACAUUCCUUAAUUUCACAAAAAUGAAGAUCAAAUCAUCCCAAAUGCCAUAUUUAUUAUUAUUUAUUUCUUUUUUCAUUUGGAAAAAGUAAACAAAACAUUCCCCUGAUGUGUAAUUCUGUCAUAAAAACCUUUUGACUUGAUGUUAUUUUGUUUUUACAAUACAAAUAUGUUGUACACACAACCUGGCAUGUUGUAAUCUAAUUUGGAAAAAAAAUGAUGUUUUAUUUUUGUCAACUGGAAACUUUUCAAUAAAAUAAAAAAGUCCCAAAUGUAAA